AUGUUAGAUGUAACUAUUAAGUUUCAAAAAGCUUUUGAAAGAUAUGAAGAGGAAGAUGACAAGUUUGUGUCUUAUUUUCGGGAAGAUGGGAAGCGGAAGAUUGGGCCGCCACUUGAUGAUGAUUGGAAGAAUGUUAAGGUGUUUGUGAAAUUUCUGAAGACUUUUUAUAAUAUAACUUUGAAGUUUAGUGCCACUUUGAAUGUCACUUCAAGUUCUUACUUUCAUGAGCUGUGUGAGAUGCAAAACCAACUAUCUGAAUUAAGCAAACAAGAUGAUUCAAUGCUUUCAUCCAUGACUGUGAGUAUAAAAAAGAAGUAUGACAAGUAUUGGGGGAGUGUUAAGAAUAUAAAUUGUCUUCUUUUUGUGGCUGUUGUACUUGAUCCUAGGUACAAAAUGAAUUAUUUGACAUAUUGUUUCUCUAUAGUGUAUGAUUCUUCCAUUUCUGAAACAUUAGCAAAGAAUGUGAAGGAUACUAUGUACCGGCUGCAUGAGGUUUAUAGUGGGGACAAAGGUGAAUCUAUGGCUAAUGCAAGUAGUGGGGAGGCGGCAACAACAAGUACAACAGAGGCAAAAACGACUCCGGAAGGAAAAGAGUGUUUGUGGAGCUCCUUUGUUAGGAAAAUGAAGGAGAAGAAUGUGAAUGAGUACAAAAAUAAUGUGGACAGAUACUUGACAGACCCUAUGGAGGAUCCAACUUGGUCAAAUUUUGAUGUUUUAGAAUGGUGGAAUAAUAAUGCAACUAAUUACAAGGUUCUCUCACUAGUUGCAAGAGACAUUCUUGCCAUUCCUGUUUCAACGGUAGCCUCAGAAUCUGUUUUUAGUACCGGAGGCCACAUUCUCGAUCCCUUUAGGAGUUCAUUGAGCCCCAAGAUGGUGGAGGCAUUGAUUUGUACACAAAAUUGGCUGCGUAGUCGUGAGCACAUCAACCUUAUUGACUUAGAAGAAUUUAAUGAAUAUGAAGAUAUUGAGUCAGAUUUGUCAAAUUCUGUUGCAACACAUGAGGGGCAAGUUGGGAAUGAAGAUGCUAUUAUUCUGGAUUAA